GGCGGGAUCACACUGGGCGAGUACUACGUUGGUGCCGAUGGCGUAAUCUACCCGAAGACCAGCACCCUGGUCAUGCACCAGCACGAUUGGCGGCUGGUCGCAGCCUCUCGCACCAUGGCGUUGUUGCACGCUGCCAACCAGCUGCUCCCCUGCCGGUCACGGCUCCCCGUCGACGCCUUCUACAGUCUCGGCGGCGUCGACAACAUGGACCUUGUCGCCGAUUACGACGCUUGGCAGGCGCGCGUUCCUGGAGCCUUUUCCUUUUGUCAGUAUCCGUUUCUUCUUAGUCUGCGCGCCAAAGUGCAGAUUAUGCAGGUGGAUGCCGCGCGCCAGAUGGAUUCAAAGGUCAAAGAGGCUGUGAUCUCAGCAUUAUUCCAGAACUCUCUGAUGGCCAGCCAGCCCUACUUGAAGCUGUUUAUCCGCCGCAAAUGCCUGGUGGAGGACUCGCUGAACCAGUUGGCGACGCACGAGCAGGAUUUGAAGAAGCGCCUGAAGAUUGAGUUUGUCGGCGAGGAAGGGGUGGAUGCCGGCGGGCUGGCCAAAGAGUGGUUUAUGCUGCUUGUCCGCGACCUCCUCAACCCACUCUACGGUCUCUUUGUCUGCGACGCCGAGGACGGCAAGGGAACUUAUUGGUUUAAUCCGGCGGCGCUGGAAACUUCUAACCGCUAUUUUUUGGUCGGCGUUGUUGUUGGUCUGGCGCUGUAUAACUCGACCCUGCUGGAUUUGCAUCUGCCACUGGCUGUGUUCAAAAAACUGCUGUAUCCUAAUUUCUACCACACCCCGCAGCACUCAUCCUCGGUGCUGCUGCCAAUGGCGGUUGUGGCGGCGGCAACCGCGGCAACGACAACAGCAGCAGCCUCGAACGGACAUGCGCCAGCAGACGGCUCUGCUGCGGCACAGCGUUACGGUGCAGCAUCCAAUGGUACUGGUGGAUCCGCGGGAUUCACGGGUUCUGCCUCUGCGGGGGGUAUGGGCGACGGGCGGUCGCCGAUCUACGGCCUGCUCUCGUCCUCUGCGCAAGUGCGGUACCAGAUUAACGAGAUGCUUUCGGAUGUCGGGCAUUUCCGCCCGGACCUCGCCCGCGGCCUCCGCCAGCUACUCCAGUACCGCGAAACCGACGUCGAGCAGGUCUUCAGCCUAACAUUUGAAGCCUCCUACGACGCCUAUGGUGAAACUAUCACUGUUCCGCUUAUCCCUCAGGGCGCCCAUGUGCCAGUGACAAGCCAUAAUCGCGUCGAAUACGUUAUGCGGUAUUUGCAAUGGGUGUUGAAUGACUCAGUGGCGAGGCAGUUUGAGCCGUUCAAGCGUGGGUUUUACUAUGUUUGCGGCGGAAACGCCCUGUCGUUGUUUCGUCCAGAGGAGAUUGAACUGAUGGUUAAUGGGUCUGGGGAGGAUUGGGAUUCGAAAAUGGUGCGAAAGAUGGCGGAGCAAGUCGGCUUCGAGGAUGGAGUAUUGGUGGAGUGGGUCUGGGCUGUGCUGGACGAAAUGAAGGUUGAUGAGAGGAGGUUAUUUUUGCUUUUCGUUACCGGCACAGAUAGGCUGCCAAUGGUUAGUGCGGGCGCAGCUGGGUUGAAACUGAAGAUUAUGUUUUUGGGUGAUGAUUGGAGGAGAUUGCCAGUUGCGCAUACGUGCUUUAAUCAGUUGGGCGUGUGGAAGUAUCGCUCGAAGGAUGAGAUGAGACAUAAAAUUAUGUUGGCUAUCAAGGAGAGCGAAGGCUUUGGCUUGAAAUAAUAUAGAAUGAAAUGGAAGGGCUUAUAUUUUAUAUUUCUUUUAGGGUUUUAUUGUUGAUAUAAAACCAACUGCACAUUUAAAUUGUUUUUUAAAUGACAGAGGGUCCUCUAAUCAUGACUCGUUUGGACGCUUCAUGUGGUUUGGCCCCUCUGGUUUAUUUUCAAAAACAAAAAAAUGAAUGGCCCUCGCGUGACCAACCUCUCAUGUGGUGUUUAUUUUUAUCUUUUGUUUGGAUCAAACGUAAUUGUUGAGUGAGUGUAGGUUUUUUUUUUAGAAAAAAGGAGUAAAUAACAGGGCUGACCACCACAUGAUAAAACUAUUAAAAUAAUAUUUUCAAACAAAAAAUGAAAAUGAAAUAAAAAAACGGCAUCUCACUCUUCAAAAAUGUAUAAAUUAAACGAAUUCUGGCACUAAAUUAUUUUUAUUUUACUACCACU